UUUAAUCAUAAUGCGGCGCAGCUCGAGUACCACUGGUAGCAGUGGUCGGCAAUCCAUGAUGCCUCUGAGAGUGCAGGAUACCAACAAGAUGGGUCUUCAUACACCUCAGGCGCAAGACAGAACAACCUUUGGGAAGCUGAGUAUGAGUAAACCUGCAUCUGGUACCUCAGAAAGAAAAGUCAGCUUCUUUGGUAAAAGAACUAGUGGUCCCGGAGGUUCACGUAACAGUCAGUAUGGUGUGUUUGGUACAGAAAAGAUCAAGGAUCCCAGGCCACUUCAUGACAAGGCAUUCAUCCAACAGUGUAUCCGACAGCUCUGUGAGUUUCUUGUAGAGAAUGGCUAUGCCCAUAAUGUCUCCAUGAAAUCACUCCAAUCUCCAUCUGUUAAGGACUUCUUAAAGAUCUUCACUUUUAUCUAUGGCUUCCUGUGCCCUUACGAGCUUCCUGAUUCUAAGUUUGAAGAGGAAAUCCCCAGAAUCUUUAAAGAGCUUGGGUAUCCCUUUGCAUUGUCAAAAAGCUCUAUGUACACAGUGGGGGCUCCACACACCUGGCCUCAGAUUGUAGCGGCUUUGGUUUGGCUAAUCGAUUGUGUCAAGUUGUAUUCUGCCACGAGGGAAAACACACCCUUUGAUGAAGGUCAGACCUGGGAAGGAGAAACAGAAGAUGGAAUUGUACAUCAUAAGCUUUUUAUGGACUACACUAUAAAGUGCUAUGAGCACUUCAUGAAGGGUGGAGACACUUAUGAGGAGUUUGAUGCAGAAGUGCAGUCAAAGCUAAAGGAUUUGUUUAAUGUAGAUGAAUUCCAGGUGGAGGCUCUAGCAGCAGAAAACAAAAGGUUGCAUGAAGAGAUUGCAAGACUAGAGAAAGAAAGGGAAACUGAGCCGGAUCGUUUAGUGUCAUUGAAAAAACUGAAAUCUUCUUUGCAAGCAGAUGUUCAGAAAUAUCAGGCUUACAUGGCUAAUCUGGAGUCUCAUGCAGCCAUCCUUGACCAGAAAGUGAAAGGAAUUAAUGGGCAACUUGAAACAGCAGAAAUGGAAGUUGAAGCGAUGAAGCAGGAGAAUGCACGCCUCCAGCACAUCUUUGAUAACCAGAAGUACUCAGUUGCAGACAUUGAGAGAAUAAAUCAUGAAAGGGAUGAACUGCAGCAAACAAUCAACAAGCUGACCAAGGAACUGGAGGCAGAAGAGCACCAAUUAUGGAAUGAAGAGAUGAAAUAUGCUAGAGGGAAAGAGGCGAUUGAAACACAACUGGCAGAGUAUCACAAGCUGGCUCGAAAGCUGAAACUAAUCCCGAUAAGUGCAGAGAAUUCCAAAGGCCAUGACUUUGAGAUUAAGUUUAAUCCUGAAGCAGGACCAAACUGUCUAGUCAAAUACAGAACUCAUAUUAAUGCUCCCCUUAUGGAGCUCAUAAAUAGGACCGAAGAAGAAAUUAGAAAAGCUACCCACAAGAAAAUGGGUUUAGAGGAUACGUUUGAUCAGGUGAACACAAUGGUAUUAGAAAAGAAAAGCAGUGUUAAAAUGCUUAAGGAAGAGGCCCAAAAGCUGGAUGACCUGUACCACCAGAAGCUUAAGGAAGCAGAAGAGGAAGAGAGAAAAUGUGCAACUGAGUUGGAAUUAUUGGAGAAGCAUAAACACUUACUUGAGAGUGGAAUCAAUGAAGGCCUCAGUGAAGCUAUGAACGAGUUGCAUGAUGUUCAGCGGCAAUACCAGGUUGUUAUGCAGAUGACAACGGAAGAGAGUAGGAAAGUAGGUGAUAAUUUGAAUCGUCUCUUGGAAGUGAUUGCUACUCAUGUAGUAUCAGUAGAGAAAUACCUGGGUGAGCAGAAUGCAAAGGUUGAUAGAGACUUUGAAGAAUUCAUGUCAGAAGAUUUAUUGGUAAACUUAAGAGAGAUCCUAGACAACUAUAAAAAGAAGGCUGAUGCAGUGUAA